GUCGAGUUUGUACCAGAGCUGCAAAACAACAGUAGCAGUAGUUGUUUAAAACAUAAUUAGUCGGUAAAGGGCAGCGUCGGGAAGUACUUUCAGGAAGUAGUUUGUUGCCGUGUUUGAGUGACAGCCCAUAACGGGACGGCGGACGGUGUUGUAUCGAAAAAGGCACCCCUGCCAUGAAAAGCACCCCUGUCGUCGGAAGCGCAUUAGAAGGCAGAUAGGCAGCCCGCAGAGCCGAGCCGAUACUCAAGAUGGCAGGUCUAUCUUUAUACUUUGAAGAUGGCCAUGAUGAUCUGGACGAUUUUGGAUUUGAUGAUUACGCUGCAGAUUGCGAUGGCAUCCGUAUCACAGCAUUCCUCGAUGCUGGACAAGACAACCUAACUCCUCUGGGAAGGCUAGAGAAGUACGCCUUCAGCGAAAAUACGUUCAACAGGCAGAUCGUGGCGCGCGGCCUGCUUGAUGUGCUUCGAGAGUUCAGUGACAAUGAAAAUGACUUUAUCAGUGUCAUGGAGACAAUUGCCAGAAUGUCAGAGGAUGGAGAGCCCACUGUGCGAUCGGAGCUGAUGGAGCAAGUUCCUAAUAUUGCCAUGUUUUUGCAUGAGAGUCGGCCGAAUUUCCCAGCCGCCUUCUCAAGAUACUUGGUACCCAUUGUGGUCCGGUAUCUUACAGAUCCAAAUAACCAGGUGCGGAAGACGAGUCAGGCAGCGCUACUGGUUUUGUUGGAGCAGGGCCUCAUCUCUAAAGCUGACAUGGAGACCAAAGUUUGUCCUGUUCUGCUCGAGUUGACAGAACCAAGCAGUGAUGAUGACUACAAAAUUGAGGCAGUUGCUAUCAUGUGUAAAGUUGUCACCAUGUUGAGCAAAGACACAGUGGAGCAUCUGCUGCUGCUACGCUUCUGCGACCUCUGCAGCGAUGCCAGACUCUUCCAAGUGCGCAAGGUGUGUGCAGGGAAUUUUGGGGAAUUUUGCUCUAUUGUUGGUCAGGAAGCAACAGAAAAACUUCUGAUGCCGAAGUUCUUCAACCUGUGCUCCGACAGCCUUUGGGGCAUCAGGAAAGCGUGUGCUGAGUGCUUCAUGACCGUCUCCAACUCCACCUCUCCAGAGGUGCGACGCUCAAAACUGUCCCCGCUGUUCAUCAACCUCAUCAGUGACCAAUCACGUUGGGUGCGACAGGCUGCCUUUCAGUCUCUGGGGAGAUUCAUCUCCACCUUUGCCAACCCCUCCAGCACAGGCCUUCAUUUCAGGGAAGAUGGUGCUCUUCCAGAGGUCCCCAGGUGUACAACGGACAACAACUGCUCUCUGAACUCCCUGAACUGUUCCGACAUUAGCAGCUGCCACAAAGACAGAGCCAUCACACACACGCCCCCCAACCAGGACGGCCGAGCCACGCCGUCGCCGGAGCACGUGGCAACGCCAGACUGCGAGGACUUGAACCACCUCGAAGACCAAGGCCAUUUUUCUUUUCCCGGCUUGGCUGUGACAGACAGCCCCCUGGUUACAAACAAUGCUAAAAAUACAAAAGAGACGGAGCAGGCCGACGACAGCUUUAACUCUUUCAACUACUGGAGAGAGCCUCUACCUGACAUCAGCAAGGAUCUGGAGAUGCUAAACUGUCAGACAUCAGAGGAAGGGACGGAGGAAAAGGUAGAAGAGGAGGAACCAGAAGAAAACUGUUCAGAGUCUAAAUCCAGCCAUGGGAAAGCUACCAGUGAUCAGAUCCAGAAGGUUUUGGAUUGUUUGCAACCUCACAUUGAUGAUCCAGAUGUGCAAGCUCAAGUUCAAGUAUUGUCAGCGGCUCUGAAGGCUGCACAGCUCGACAGCCCAACAGACAACAGCCCAACUGAACAGCAAGCAGAAGAACUACUAGAAUCCAACCCCGAAAGCCUACUGGAGGACCAAUCCACGGAUAUUCAGCCGUCUGAAACGGAGGAAACCAGCACAGACGAGGAGCAAACGGCAGAAACUCCUCCUGCCACAGAGCCGAGUCCGGUCCAAGAGCAGGAAGAUGAGCAGACACAGACGGAGCCGGAGGAGGAGGAAGAGGAGGAGGAAGAGGAGUCUUCUCCUGACUCUCCAGCGCCGGAGUCUGAAUCAGACGAACCCAUAGAGAUAGAGGAGGUAGAGGUGAUACAAACCCGAGGGUCUGAGGACAAACCGAAAAUCCAGAACGUUAUCCCCCAGCAGCUGUUGGAUCAGUACCUCUCCAUGACCGACCCGGCCCGGGCGCAGACGGUGGACACAGAGAUAGCCAAACACUGUGCCUUCAGCCUGCCUGGCGUGGCGCUCACGCUCGGCCGGCAGAACUGGCAUUGCCUCAAGGACACGUAUGAAACGCUGGCCAGUGAUGUUCAGUGGAAGGUGCGGCGAACUCUGGCUUUCUCCAUCCAUGAACUGGCGGUCAUUCUUGGCGAUCAGCUGACGGCGGCGGAUCUGGUGCCCAUCUUCAACGGUUUCCUCAAAGACCUGGACGAGGUUCGCAUCGGCGUGCUGAAACACCUGUACGACUUCCUGAAGCUGCUGCACGCAGACAAGAGGAGGGAGUAUCUGUACCAGUUGCAGGAGUUCAUGGUGACUGACAACAGCCGCAACUGGAGAUUCAGAUACGAGCUGGCAGAGCAGCUGAUCCUAAUCAUAGAGUUGUACAGCCACUACGACGUCUACGACUACCUCAGACAGAUAGCGCUCACGCUUUGCUCUGACAAAGUGUCAGAGGUCAGGUGGAUCUCCUAUAAACUGGUAGUGGAGAUCCUGCAGAAGCUUUAUGCAUGUGGGGCCGAUGAACUUGGUCUGAACUUCAUCAACGAACUCUCAGUCAGGUUCUGCCACUGUCCCAAGUGGGUGGGCAGGCAGGCGUUUGCUUUUAUCUGCCAGGCCAUUGUGGAGGAGGACUGUAUGCCCAUGGAGCAGUUCAGCCAGCACCUCCUGCCCAGCCUGCUGAGCCUCUCUGCCGACCCGGUGGCCAACGUCCGCGUUCUGGUGGCCAAGGCUUUACGGCACAGCAUCAUGGAGAAAGCUUACUUUAAGGAACCAGGCUGUCCCUACUCGGACAAGUUGGAAGAAACCGUCAUGGCUCUGCAGUCUGAUAAGGACCGGGACGUCCGGUUCUUUGCCAGCCUGGACCCAAACAAAGGCCUGAUGGACACGGCUCCAUUGAUCUAACCUCGCCCCUUCUCCCCACCGCGUCGCAGCCCACCUGCCUGUCUUACCUGUCUGUCUGACCGACCGACCGACCGACGCACAGCCAGCGUAACGUACUACACCAGCACCUGACCGGGUCCCAAACCACUGGCCUGUUGGGCAGACCUGACCACUUCCUGAAUCAGGACCGAUGUUCGGAUCAAGACUCGAAGGGACGGCGCAAGCCCGUCUUCUGGUUAGGCAAAACGAAGCGCACAUCUGUUAAAAAAAA